UCUUCUCUCUCCAGUACAGCAGGAGGCGCUCAGCAGCUCUUUAGGCCGCCGAUAAACCCACUAAAGAAAGAAAGAAAGAGCUCGCGUGUGAUGUGUUUGUUUAUCCUGUAUGUUCAGUCAAACCCAUCGACUGCAGGAACCUCAUGAUGAAGAUCAAUUCUGAACCUACAGAAAUAAAAACAGAACCUACAGAAAUAAAAACUGAACUUAUAGAAAUAAAAACAGAACCUACAGAAAUAAAAACAGAACCGACAGAAAUAAAAACUGAACCAGAGGAAGAUCACAAUAAGGAUUUUAUUUCGUCAGAUGUGAAGAGUGAAUUAUGUUCGGAUGGAGAAAUAACGUCCUCGACUCAAUCCUGCAUCACCGGUGGAAAGACAUUGAGCUCACAGAGACAUUUAGAGAUACAACACACAGAACAGAAACUCUUCACCUGCACCAGAUCUGAGAUCAGCUUUAAUACCUUACAAGAGAAGAAACUUCAUUCAGAAGAGCACAGAGAGAGGAAGCAGCAGCACCAGAAGAUGCAGUUUCACUGUAAACAAUGUGGGAAGAAUUUUUUUACAACAACAUCUAAUAUAAACAGACACAUGAGGACACACAAUGAUGAAAAGUCUUUCUCCUGCACUGAAUGUGGCAAAUAUUUCAGAACAAAACACAGUCUUGAUGUUCAUCAGAGAAUUCAUACAGGAGAAAAACCAUACGAGUGUCCUCACUGUGAGAAGAGAUUCAGCCACAAACCUGAUCUGAAGAAACAUGUGCGUAUACACACCAAUGAGAAACCAUAUCAGUGCAGUGAAUGUGGAAAAGCCUUUAUGUAUUCAUGUUCCUUGAAAUUACACCAGAAAAUUCACUCUGAAGAAAACCCCUAUCAAUGUUCACACUGUAAUAAAGGUUUUAGAAAUAAAUAUCAGCUGAUAGUCCAUGAGGUAAUUCACACUGGAGAGAAACCUCAUCACUGUAAUGUUUGUGGAAAAAGUUUCAGUCACAACUCCAUUUUAGUGUCACACCACAAAACUCAUAUCGGUGAAAAACCUUACAAAUGCUCUCAGUGUGAAAAGACGUUUACUCGAUCGGGUUCCUUAAAAGUCCAUGAGAGACUUCACACUGGAGAGAAACCUUACCACUGUAGUGUUUGUGGGAAGAGUUUUAAUCAACGUGAACAUUUAGUGUCGCACCAGAAAACUCAUACAGGUGAAAAACCUUACGUUUGCUCGAUCUGUGGAGAGAAAUUUGCUUAUUCUGGAAGUUUUCGGAAACACCAGAAAAUUCACUCCGAAAAGAAACCCUAUCAAUGUUCACACUGUGAUAGAAGUUUUGGUUAUAAAUAUCAGCUGAUAGUCCAUGAGGUAAUUCACACUGGAGAGAAACCUCAUCACUGUAAUGUUUGUGGAAAAAGUUUCAGUCACAACUACAUUUUAAUGUCACACCACAAAACUCAUAUCGGUGAAAAACCUUACAAAUGCUCUCAGUGUGGAAAGACGUUUACUCGAUCAGGUUCCUUGAAAAUCCAUCAGAACGUUCACACUGGAGAGAAACCUUACCAAUGUAGUGUUUGUGGGAGGAGUUUUUAUCAACGUGAACAUUUAGUGAAUCACCAGAGAAUUCAUACAGGUGAAAAACCUUACAAAUGCUCUCAGUGUGAGAAGGCGUUUGCUCAAGCAGGCAACUUAAAAGCCCAUGAGAGGAUUCACACUGGAGAGAAACCUUACCACUGUAAUCUUUGUGGGAAGAGUUUUAAUCAACCUCAACAUUUAAUGUCACACCAGAGAAUUCAUACAGGUGAAAAACACUCUCAUUGUGAGAAGACGAUUACUCAUUCAACUUCUGUAAAAUCACAUGGGAAAGUUCACACUGGAGAGAAACCUUACAGCUGCUCAAUCUGUGGAAAGAGCUUUGCUUAUUCUGGAAGUUUUUGGAAACAUCAGAAGAAACAUACUGAAGAACAAACUACACAAUGAAAACAUCAUAGUGUCUCAAUGUUUGGCAGUCAGUCAAACACAAAUUGAUUUAGAGGUCAACAUCACAUUGAGUUGUCAUGUGGUUUAGUGUUGGAGUGAAGCCAGUGAUAUUCUGAUGAUUUAUUUAUUGAAGCCUUUGUGUUAAGAUAUCAAAGGAUUUGGCUUUGAUUUCCUAUAAACUAGGGAUGUAACGAUUCAGUCACGUUCCCCAUUAAAAAUGCCUGUCUGAAAUCGAUUCUGAAUCGCAAGGCUGCGAUUAUUUGUUUCAUGCACAGCUUGUGCGUGUACUACGGCAUUUGGUCAGAAGGAAGUCCUUAUUAAUCUAAAAUAGUUGUUUAUAACGUGCAUUUAAAAAAGCAACACUCCUUAAAUAAACAUCAUUCAAAAUAUUCUUUGUUAUCAUGAAAAUACCUCAAACAAUUUGAAGAACAGCGUAUAAAUAUUCCUGUAGACAUUUCCUGGAAUAGCGUUUGUAAUGCUACCUCUUCUGUAGCAGAAAGGGAGUUUCUGCAAAAGAACGCCCCCUGGCAUUCGGAUGUACCGGGAUUUCACCGUAAUUCAUUAAAAUUC